GCGGGGCGCGACCACCGGCUCCGCAGCCCGGCCGGCCGACUCGCUGCCGGGGGUGGCCCCGGGGCAUGGGACAGCCGGCGGGGGCCGCGAGCGGGCGCUGCGCCCCGGGCGGGCGGCGGGCGGCCUGAGCUGCCGGGACGCAGGAUGCUCUCCGAGGGCGCGGCCCCCGGGCCGGUGGCGCCGCUGUGCGGGGUGCUGAGCCUGGUUCUGGGCGCGCUGCUGGGCAGAGUGAUCGAGGGCCGUGGGGUCACAGACAACAUCCAGAGAUUUUCCUCGCUGCCCCCUUACCUGCCCGUGACCUACCACGUGCUCAGAGCAGAGACCUCCUUCUUCCUGAAGGAAACCAACCAGGACUUGACACGCAACUCCAGCCUGCAGUCCCGGGUCGAGUCCUUCUUCCCCUACAAAGCCAGGCGGCCCCUGAUCUUAAAUGCCAGCUAUGGGCCGUUUUCGGUGGAAAAGGUCGUGCCCCUGGACUUGAUGUCGACAUCAAACUUUUUAGGUCCAACCGACAAGGUUAGUGUCAACUGGAAGCUGAAAGCGCACAUCCUGCGGGACAAGGUCUACCUGAGCCGGCCCCGCGUGCAGGUGCUGUUCCACGUGGUGGGCAGGGACUGGGACGACCCCGGCCCCACGCAGGGGCUGCCCUGCCUGCGGGUGUUCGCCUUUCGGGAGACCCGGGAGGUCAAGGGCAGCUGCCGGCUGCAGGGGGCCCUGGGGCUGUGCGUGGCGCAGCUGGAGCUGCCGGCCAGCUGGUUCGGGCCCCCCACGGUAGUGGCUGGGAGGAAGAAGUCGCCCGAGCCCCCCGAGGGCAGCCCCGUGGAGCUCUACUACGCCGUGCAGCCCGGGGACCAGCGCGUAGACUGUGUCGGCGGCGGCGACAUCCGGAAGGGUAAUGCCAUCCGCCCCGGGAAGGAUGGGCUGGGGGAAAACACGCCCCACCUGCAAAGGAUCGGUGCCGUUGGGCUCUACCGGGCCCAGGACAGCGCCCAGCUCAGCGAGCUGCGUCUGGAUGGCAAUGUGGCCAUCUGGCUGCCCUCCCGGCCCGUCAAGCAAGGAGACGUGGUCACUGCCUAUGUCACCGUGGCCAGCAAUUCCACUGUGGACUUCUUCAUCCUGAGAGCCAAGGUGAAGAAGGGAGUGAACAUCUUGAGCACGCGGACCAGCGAGCCUCGCCAGUGGGACGUCAAGCAGGAGCUGGGGAACGGCGGCAAGCACGCCACCACCGCCGUGGUGUGUCAGCGCCUGGCGCCCGCGGCGCGCAACAGAAGCAGCAGUUUAUUCAAUGAGGUUGUGCAGAUGAACUUUGAAAUCGCCAGCUUCAGCAGCCUCUCGGGGAGUCAGCCCAUCACCUGGCAGGUGGAAUACCCGCGGAAGGGGACCACAGACAUCGCAGUGUCUGAGAUCUUCAUCAGCCAGAAGGACCUGGUUGGCAUCGUGCCCUUGGCCAUGGACACUGAGAUUCUGAACACCGCCAUCCUUACGGGAAAGACAGUCGCCAUGCCCGUCAAGGUGGUCUCCGUGGAGGAGAACAGUGCUGUGACAGAUAUCUCCGAGACGGUGGAGUGCAAGUCCGCAGACGAGGAAGUCAUCAAAGUGUCCGACCGCUGCGACUACGUCUUUGUCAAUGGCAAAGAGAUGAAAGGCAAGGUGGAUGCAGUGGUGAACUUCACGUACCAGCACCUGAGUGCCCCCCUGCACAUCACUGUGUGGGUGCCUCGGCUACCCCUGCAGAUCGACGUCUCUGACACAGAGCUGAGUCAGAUUAAAGGCUGGAGGGUCCCCAUCGUGGCCAGUAAGAGGCCCACUCGAGACAGCGAGGAUGAAGAUGAGGAGGAGCGGCGGGGCCGGGGCUGCACCCUCCAGUACCAGCACGCCAUCGUGCGGGUCCUCACCCAGUUUGUGUCUGAGGGCGCCAGUCCCUGGGGCCAGCCGAGCCACCUGCUCAGUCCCUCAUGGCAGUUUGACAUCACCCACCUGGUGGCAGACUUCAUGAAGCUGGAGGAACCCCACGUGGCCACUCUCCAGGACAGUAGGGUCCUGGUCGGGAGGGAGGUUGGCAUGACGACCAUCCAGGUGCUGUCCCCACUGUCGGACUCCAUCCUGGCCGAGAAGACGGUAACCGUGUUAGAUGACAAAGUCUCGGUGACAGACCUGGCCAUCCAGCUCGUGGCUGGGCUGUCUGUCACCCUUCACCCCAGCAUGGAGAACAGCAAGGCCAUCACGGCUGUGGCCACAGCUGAGGAGCUGCUACGAACCCCCAAACAGGAAGCUGUGGUCAGCACUUGGCUCCAGUUCAGCGAUGGCUCAGUGACGCCCCUGGAUAUCUACGACACCAAGGACUUCACCCUGACCGCCACCUCCCUGGACGAGGCCGUCGUGUCCGUCCCCCAGCCCCGCUCACCCAGGUGGCCCGUUGUGAUGGCCGAAGGGGAGGGCCAGGGGUCCCUGGUCCGAGUGGACCUGACCAUCGCGGAGGCUUGCCAAAAAUCCAAACGCAAGAGCAUCCUGGCCGUGGGCGUCGGCAGCGUCAGGGUCAAGUUCGGCCAGAACGACGCCGACUCCAGCCCCGGCGGCGACUACGAGGAGACUGAAAUCAAGAACCACGCCAGUGACCGGCGCCAGAAGGGCCCGGAGGGGCACCUGUACGGCAGCUCCUCCGCGGAGCGCGAGGACAGGGCCCUCCGGAGGGGCAGCCCCACGGCCAAGUCGCUGCUGGACAACAAGGUGGGCAAGAACAGCCGGCUGGACGGGGGCCGGCUGGCGGGCGAGGGCCAGCUGCAGACCAUCCCCAUCGACUUCGCCAACUUCCCCGCGCAGGUGGACCUGCCCCAGGCGGGGGGCGGGCGGGGGGCCGGCGACCUGGUCCAGACGCCCCGCGGUCUGAGCGACCUGGAGAUCGGCAUGUACGCCCUCUUGGGGGUCUUCUGCCUGGCCAUCCUCGUCUUCCUCAUCAACUGCGCCACCUUCGCCCUCAAGUACAGGCACAAGCAGGUGCCCCUGGAGGGCCAGGCUUCCGUGACCCACUCGCACGACUGGGUGUGGCUGGGCAACGAGGCAGAGCUCCUGGAGAACGCGGGCGACGGGUCCCCCCCGCAGGACGAACACACGACCAUCAUAGACCGAGGGCCGGGGGGCUUCGAGGAGAGCAACCGCCUCCUGCUUAACGGAGGUUCCCAAAAGCACGGGCAGAGCCAGGUCCCCAGGCCGGCCGACUCCGGGGGCAGGCAGGGCAGGGACCAGAAACACGAGCCCCUGCACUCGCCCACCUCCAAAAGGAAAAAGGUGAAGUUCACCACCUUCACCACCAUCCCCGCCGACGACGGCUGCCCGACCGUGAACUCCAUCCUCGGCGGGACCGAUGAUGACAUCAAAUGGGUGUGCCAGGAAGUGGGCGUGGGCGCCCCCAAAGAACUCAGAGACUAUCUGGAGAAGUUCAAGGACAAGGCCUAGGUCCAUUUGGCCGAAGGGCCAACGCCUGGACGCCCUCCUUCAGUUCCAGAGUAGAUCUGAGGCUGAAUUGUUGGAACGAGUUGGGAGUUCUGAAGCCGGGAAGGGACGUUUUUUGUAAUCAAAGGUUGAUGACCGCAGACUUUUGCAAGUUGGCAGAAUAAACUCUGGGAAGGGAGCUGAUUGAGACAUUUGAACUCUGCGAGGCCAAAUUAGGGAGGUUAUUUUAUGAUCAAAAUAUAACCCAGACAAGCUACCAAAAAGUAUUUGUUAAAAAAAAUGCAAAAAGACAAAUAAAAAGAGACAAGUAAUCAUCUGUCUAUAUUUCUAAUAAAGGAGCAAAAUGUAUUAAAAUGAGGACCUGCUAAGAGGCAUCUUCCAUUUUAAUUCAAUAUCCCUUUUCCGAGGACAGGCUUUGAGUAUCACCCUGGGCUUGGGGAGGAGAGGUUUCUGAAUAUCAGUUGCCCCUCUGGAUAGCCCUGAGGAUUUUUACAUCUUUACUUAAUAAUCUUUUCUUUUUUCCACAUUUUCUUUUUUCCCCUGCUUUUUCUCUUUGUGUCUUAGACUUCCAUUUGGUUUAUAUUGAAUGUUUAUUCCUGAGAGUCAAAUGGUAUAUUUUCCUAAAUUAAACAAAUUAUAUUCCUACAUCAGAUGAAUUCUUAGAAACGAUGUCAAUUAAUCCAUUCUUUAAGUAUUACAGUUCAUGCUUUUCUAUAUCCCUCCAGCCUUGUUGAUAUUUGCUGGGUUUUC